AUGUUUCUUCCCACACUGGAUAAACGUGUUUAUAUAGGAGGUCUUUCUAAAGACAUAGUUGAAAAGGACUUGGAAGUUCGCUUAAGUGCUUUUGGAGUCGUAACAAAUGUAGACAUCAUACGUCAGCCUACAGGAGAGUGUCGUGGUUUUGCCUAUAUUACGUUAAAGACGACUGAUAAUGACUGGAAAAAAUGUGUUUCUCUCUUCAAUGGGGCUAAGUGGAAAGGAAUGACGUUAAAGGUUCAGGAGGCGAAACUUGAUUAUAAACAAAGGUUAAAAGAAGAGUGGGAAAUUCAAAAAGCUUUAGAAGAAAAGGCUAAAGUUACCCUACCGCGUAAAAAACGUGGACGGGAUCGUUCUUUCGAAUUAGCUGAAGAUAUGAGUCUGGUAACUGAUAGCAGUGCCGAGACAAGAAAGGGUUGGAAAAAAUUAAAGUAUGGUCGUGUUGCAUCGGUUAUGCGAUUAAAAAAGGAUGACAGAACAAGGGUAACGAUUGAUCCGAGUCACUAUAAAGACAAUCUUUUGAAAUUGUCUGAUAAAGAUAUGGUUGUUAAACCGAAAUCACUCGCUCGAUUACCGUAUUUUUAUGAGGAAUAUGUAACUAUCGAAGAGAAACAACAACCCUUUAGAAAUUUUAAUAAUGAAAUGAAAUUGGACGAGAACAAAACUCAAGUAGAUUCUUAUGAGAAAUUAGACAAUGAAUCAAAAAUAAAUUUCGCAUCAUUUUUUCCAAAAGUUGACAUUACAAUUACCAACACAGCACCUAUGGUUACCCAAACUCAGUUGCCGCCCUCAAUUAUUGAUGAUUUUAAAAAGUUGAAAUUGGAAAAAGAAAAGAAUAAGAAUCUAUCGAAACCAGAACAAUCUAAUCUGGAAGCACUAAGGCAACGGUCGGAAGAAAAACGUGUUGAAAAAAAAUAUAUUACGCAAGCGUUAAGAGCAGAUGCUGCGUCAAACGUAAUUGACAAGAAUAAGAAUCUAUCGAAACAAGAACAAUCUAAUUUAAUUCGUUUGGAAGCGCUAAGGCAACGUGCGGAAGAAAAACGCGUUGAAAAAGAAAAGAUUACGCAAGCGUUAAGAGCAGAGACUGCGUCAAAUAAUACUAAACAUAUAGUAUUUAGUGAUGAUGAUGAACAGAAAAACGUGGAAUCACAUACAAUGAACCUAUUUGAUUCAGAUGAAUCUGAUCAAGAACCAGUAGGAUCAACAAAGGAAGAAAGGGGAAAUCAAUUUGAUAUCUUGAAAGAAAUAUUUGGAGACAAUAUGAAACCCGAAAAGUCGAAAAGAAAAGAAACCCAAUGGAGAGAAAUAGUUCAUUUUGAUCCUGACGUUUCAGAAGCGAAAUCAUUAGAAUUUCAAAGGCAAGAAAUUAAUGAUUUACCAAUAUCAAAAGAUGUAAAAAUAGAAAUUAAUUCCGAUUUGAAAGGAAUAUUCGCUCCUCGAACUUCAACCGCUAUACAUUCAUUCUCGCUUUUUGAUGAUGACGAGAAUAAAAGUGAAACGGAUGAUAUGCAAAUGCAAGAAAAUACUAACGAGAACGGGCCAACUUUGAUUAGCAAAAAGUCUUCAACCAUAACGGACAGUGUGUCAGAUCAGAAGACGCAGGUUUCUUCGGGACCAUUAUUCUUUUUCCAUUUUGGAGACAAUGAAUUAUCAAAAAGGGAAAUGAAGAUAUUCAUGCGGAUGUCACCCGCUGAAAAAAUAAUAUCUCACUGGCAAGAAACUUCGCGUGAUUUGACAAAAGAAUAUAAACGUAAACAUAAAUCAGUAUCGCGUAAAUUAAGCAAGAUGAAGAGAAAGUGA